CUGCAAUCAAUUUGGUGGGUGGUGCAUGUCGCGUCGUGUGUUGGUCAUCACUGCACUGAAAUCAACAGUGAUGCUUUGUCAUGGAUGAUACAGAGGUGUUCACAGAGAACCUCUCGACCAGCGAAGCUCUACCAUUCCAACGUGUGGCACAAGGUGAAUCAUCUUUUCUUUCAAUAAAUCUCCAACAUGAAGGGGUGAGAUGGCAAAAGCUUCGAGACAGAAUACUGACGUCGGCUGAGUUGAGGGAAGACGACACAAGAUGGACAUCUCUGAAAGACGACAGAAAAUGGAGUGCGGAUGAAAUCUUCAUGACCUUCCUGCUAGAUAGGCUGGAAAAAGAUCUGGAAAUAGAAAAGGAAAGAAACGUUGAAUCAGGCCCUUUGAAACAAAGUCACAGACGUACAAGAACUAAAAGAAGAACCGUGAACAAGGAAGCAACUGACAAAGUUCAAUCAACUGAAGCAUCUCGCUGUAAAAAUGAUGGUCUUAAUGAUGUGCAGGAUAAACCACAAGAUGCAUUGUCUAACUCCCCAGUUGAGAACGUCAGAAAUGGCAAUGGAAUUAGGACAUGCACAUCUGGUUGUCAAGGACAACAGUUGUUUUCAAGUCAUCAAGAUAAAUGUGAUUGUCCAGAACUGUCCCGAUCUGAUGAUGCAACAGAGAAACGGAGGACAGAGAAUGCAGAUGAAACUGUUCUUCCAGAAACAAAUUCUAAUGAACUAGCCUCCAGAUCUGAGAGACAAAUGCCAAGCUUGAGAACCAAGACUUCACAAGAAGAAUCUGGAGAGACGGCAACAGUGGGCGGAGACAAAGUGCAGACAAAAAAGAGGAGGGGAAGGCCGAGGAUAGAAUUGGACGAUGCAGAAAAAGAGGCACUGACAUUCAACAAACGGUUGAAGGAGAUCCAGAAACAGGACCUGCCAAGAAUGUUCUCCUGUCGGAGUUGCAGCCAAAGGUUUCAGGAAGCAGAUGACCUUAGGAUGCAUACCAUCACCGCACACCUACCUAUCAGCAUACCGGACAGCGGUGACAAUGCUGCAGAGGAGAACGGUGAGAUAUUCACUCAUAUCGAGAUUGACCUUGGCCUGUAUCAGCGGGUCAACGAGGUGGACAUCCGGGAACUAGCCAUUGAGCUCAGACGCUGCCCGGAAUGCAACGAGUACGUCCCGGACAUGAAAGCACACCUGGAAUUGCACAAGGUGAAGAACUACAUCUGUGAAGCGUGCGGGAAGGGAUUUGCAAGUGGCAAGCAGCUAAAAAUGCACAGCGAGUACCACGCGAUCAAGCAGACAGGAGCAACGCCCUACUCGUGCCAAUUCUGCGAUAAGAAGUUCAAAAGUGCCCAGUCGCUGUCCAUCCACAGGCCGCUGCACAACAAGGCCAGGAAUUACAUCUGCCAGCAAUGCGGGAAAGCCUUCAAGGCAAAUACGCGAUUGCAGAGACACCUGGCUACACACGCCCAGCACAAACGUUACUCCUGCUCUUUCUGCGGACGGGGGUUUACGCAAAAAUGCAACAUGACGAGGCAUCAGCGAACUCAUACCGGGGAGAAGCCCUACACGUGCAGUCACUGUGACCAAUCAUUCAACCAUAAUAUCAGUUUGAAAAAACACUUGAAGAAGGAGCACUUAAUCGAACUGGAAGACACGACAUCCACUGUAGUGGAAGCCAUAGAUGACUUCCCUAGUGGACGUCUGCCCGCAAAGAAGCUUAAAAAGAACCUAAAAUGAAAACUUGUCACCUACUGCUUGAGAUGCUUUUAAUGACUCCCUUUAGGUUAUGUGGGGCUCAAUACAUGUAUGCAAUACAUUUGGAAAUCAUUGCAUUUCAAGAAACACUGGGUUUAGUCAUGGAGCAAGGAGCAGGAGUCAGAACUCCCCUACUUCAAAGUUAUUUGAUCAUCACUGCCCUCGAAAGCAACAAAAAAAGCACCUGGUGGCCAGCUUAUCCAAUUGCUCACUACCCUGUUGAGAUCUGUACUCACUAAUGCUUGAAGAAAGAGUUUGCAUUGAUUUGUGGAUAGCACUGUGGUGCACUUGUCAUACAUCGCCAAAAAUGAUUGAUUUGAAAGUGUUUGUUCGGAGUUGGCUAACACUGGUCCACAGUGUGGUCAAAUCACUGAAACAAUCAUUUCAUGAUGAGCCAAAUGUGCUCUAUCCCUUCCGUCGGAAACCUUAUGAAAUUUCCCAAAAUGUCAUAUUUCAUAAAUGAUGUAUUGCCAAUAAAAAAUUCAAAAUUCCAUGAUAACUUAUCGGAAAACAAUUUAAUUCAUCUUCAAAUGACAGGAACAGAUAGUGCUUUCAAGGGCCAACAACUGCACAUCGAUAACUUGAUUUCAUAACUCCCAUCUAACAACUGCACAGUUUUCAAGAAAGAGCAACGACGUGACAUGACUAUAGGGAGAUUGUUGGUUACCAACCUAAAAAGCGGUGACAAUCAUCGGGUUUAAAGGCCGCUUGCAGUCAUGCAAUGAAUGGUCCGGGCUUGCUGUCACAGUGCUGUAGCUAGAUGGACAUUCCCGAGGUAUUUAGAAUGUUAAUGGUCAAAAAUGUAAAUCGCCCAAGAGUUCUGACUCCUUCUGUUCCUUGCUCCAUGGUUUAGUCUAUCAAAGAAUGCGAAAUGAGUUCAAUUACAAAGAAAAGCCAUUUUUUGGGGGGGGGGGGGGUGUUAAAUUUAUGACUAGUUUUAAGAUAUACAUGUACUUUACACAAGACAUACUGACCCUCCAGUAGUCUAAUAAGUUUGGUAUCUGCUUUUUCCCAAAUGAGGAUUGAAAUAGCCUGACCAGCCAUGGAUCAGAUUCAGACCACCACCGGAAUUCUGAUUCCAACCCUAACAUACACGUACAUUUGCUGUCAAUCAUUCCUCAAUCCCCAUUAUUGUCUUUCAGUCCCAUAGCUUGAUUCAGUGUGAAUCCAGCAUCACUUGAUACAUACGUACCAUGUAGUCAUCAUAA